AUGCUUCAGUUGACGAAGAAGCAUCUGCUAAUCAUAGUGGACGGCAUCAUCGCCUGCGGCAAGACGACUCUGCUGGAUGCACUAGUAAGCUCAGAAGGCUUUGAAGUCUUCCGCGAGCCGAGUGACCUGUGGUGGCAUUUGCUGAACAAUUUCUACGAGGUCUUCAAACAGGGGUCUCCAAAACAAAAGAGGAAGGCGGUAAAGGAGCUGGAGGAAAUGAUCUUUAAACACCAUAAGGACAUUGCAACCAGGAGGCUCACGCACGCAGUGUCCGAGAGGUCUUUGCAGAGCGCAGUUCGAGUUUUCUGCCGCGCUCUCAAGGAGUCGGACAUGAUGGAUUCCGGCCUGUACCAGGAGUUCGAGAAGAACCUGGAGCAUGUCGAGAAAGACGAGCGCCAUGUGCCGACGUUCGUAGUUUACUUUGCGAUUGAUCCUCAAGAAGCCUUCCGCCGGAUGUUGCACCGUGCGAAGGUGGAGCAUCUUCGUCAUUUCGAAAAGGAGGUCCCGCUGAAGUACCUGACCCUCUUGCGUAGGAUGUAUGAGGAGCUCUACCGCCACAGGGUAAAUUCUGAUGUGAUCGUCAUCGAAGCUGGGCAACCGAGUGAUGAAGUUCAGCGUGAUGUUGCCGAUGAGUUUGAAAAGCGACGUGAGCAAUGUCAGAGGGUGCUGAGGGAUAAGGGCUUUGCUCCAAAGCUCUUGGACGAUGUCAUCCGGCAGUUCAGACGCCGCUCUCCGCAGGCAUUUGCAUAG